AGGCCAUGCCAUUGAAACACUAUCUCCUUUUGCUGGUGGGCUGCCAAGCCUGGGGUGUAGGGUUGGCCUACUAUGGCUGCCCUAGCGAGUGUACCUGCUCCAGGGCCUCCCAGGUGGAGUGCACUGGGGCUCGCAUUGUGGCAGUGCCCACCCCUCUGCCCUGGAAUGCCAUGAGCCUGCAGAUCCUCAACACACACAUCAAGGAACUCAAUGAUUCCCCAUUCCUCAACAUCUCGGCCCUCAUUGCCCUGAGAAUCGAGAAAAAUGAGCUGUCGCACAUCGUACCUGGUGCCUUCCGUCACUUGGGCUCUCUGCGCUACCUUAGUCUCGCCAACAAUAAGCUUCAAGUUCUGCCUGUUGGCCUCUUCCAGGGCCUGGACAACCUUGAGUCACUCCUGCUGUCCAGUAACCAGCUGAUGCAGAUCCAGCCUGCCCAUUUCUCCCAGUGCAGCAACCUUAAAGAAUUGCAAUUGCAUGGCAACCAUCUUGAAUACAUUCCCGAUGGUGUCUUUGACCACUUGGUGGGCCUCACUAAGCUUAAUCUGGGCAAGAAUAGCCUCACCUACCUCUCACCCAGGGCCUUCCAGCACCUGGGCAACCUCCAGGUCCUCCGGCUAUAUGAGAACAGGCUCUCAGAUAUCCCCAUGGGCACUUUUGAUGGACUUGGUAACCUCCAGGAACUGGCCCUCCAGCAGAACCAGAUUAGUACGCUCUCCCCCGGCCUCUUCCACAACAACCGUAACCUGCAGAAACUCUAUCUGUCCAACAAUCAGAUCUCCCAGCUGCCGCCCGGCAUCUUCAUGCAGCUGCCCCAGCUCGACCGUCUCACACUCUUUGGAAAUUCCCUGAAGGAGCUCUCUCCAGGGAUCUUCGGGCCCAUGCACAACCUGCGAGAGCUUUGGCUCUACGACAACCAUAUCACUUCUCUAUCUGACAACACCUUCAUCAACCUCCCUCAGCUGCAGGUCCUGAUCCUUAGCCGCAAUCAGCUCAGAUUUAUUUCCCCGGGGGCCUUCAAUGGUCUGACAGACCUCCGGGAACUGUCCCUCCACACCAACGCACUGCAGGACCUGGAUGGGAAUGUGUUCCGCAUGCUGGCCAACCUGCAGAACAUCUCCUUGCAGAACAACCGCCUCAGACAGCUCCCAGGGAAUCUCUUCGCCAAUGUCAAUGGCCUCAUGACCAUCCAGCUGCAGAACAACCAGCUGGAGAACCUGCCUAUCGGCAUCUUCGACCACCUGGGGAACCUGUGUGAGCUGCGGCUCUAUGAUAACCCCUGGAGGUGUGACUCAGGCAUCCUCCCGCUCCGCAACUGGCUGCUGCUCAACAAGCUCCGACUAGGGACAGACACCCUCCCCGUGUGUUUCAGUCCAGCCAAUGUCCGAGGCCAGUCCCUCAUCAUCAUCAACGUUGAUGGCGCUGUCCCCAGUGUCCAGGUUCCAGCGGUUCCCGAGGUGCCCAGCUACCCAGAAACGCCACAGUACCCAGACACAUCAAAGUACCCAGACACACCCACCUACCCUGACACCACGUCUGUCUCUUCUACUACUGAGCUCACAAGCUCUGUGGAAGACUACACCGAUCUGACCACCAUUGGGGCCUCUGAUGACCGUGAAGUGUCCGGCAUGACCCAGACCCAGAGUGGGCUGGCCAUUGCCGCCAUUGUGAUUGGCAUCGUUGCCUUGGCUUGCUCCCUCGCUGCCUGCAUCUGCUGCUGCUGCUGCAAGAAGAGGAACCAGACGGUCAUGAUGCAGAUGAAGGCGCCCAAUGAGUGCUAACGAGGCAGGCUGAGGCUGGCUGGGA